UCGGUGACUGGGAAGAUGGCGAGAGGGUCGAGGGCAGGUUUGCUGCUCUGGGCUGCGCUCCUGCAGUGGGUUAGGAGCCAGGGGACGGCGGACCGUGUGAAUGGCCUGAGUCUGCACCCUCCCUACAUGAACAUUGCGAAGGCGGCGGAGAUCAGCGCCACGGCUACUUGCGGGCUGGAUGCAUCGCGCCGGCCCCGGCCCGACCUCUACUGCAAGCUGGUGGGAGGACCGGCCGCAGGGCUGUCCGGACACACCAUCCAGGGGCAGUUCUGCGAUCACUGCUUGUCUGACAAUGCGUACAAAGCCCACGGGAUCGCCAACGCCAUUGAUGGAACGGAGCGGUGGUGGCAGAGUCCACCCCUGUCCCGCGGACUCCACUACAACAAGGUUAACGUCACCCUGAACUUCGGACAGCUCUUCCAUGUGGCUUAUUUACUUAUCAAGUUUGCUAACUCUCCUCGGCCAGACCUCUGGGCCCUUGAGCGCUCAGUUGACUUUGGAAGAUCGUACAAGCCUUGGCAGUACUUUGCUCAUUCCAAACGAGACUGCGAAGAGCUGUUUGGGACGAGAGCACAUGAACGGAUUACGAGGGAUGACGAUGUUAUCUGUACUACGGAGUAUUCGCGGAUUCUGCCUCUGGAGAACGGGGAGAUUGUCGUGUCCUUGGUUAAUGGUCGGCCAGGGUCCACCACCUUCAACGACUCUCCCGUUUUAAGAGAUUUCACAAAGGCCACGAACAUCAGGCUGCGGUUCCUACGGACAAACACCUUACUGGGUCAUCUCAUCUCCAAGACUCAGAGGGAUCCUACCGUCACUCGAAGGUAUUACUACAGCAUCAAGGACAUCAGUAUCGGUGGUCGGUGCGUUUGUAACGGGCACUCGGACAUCUGCAAUGCCCAGGAUCCAGCAAGCCCCUUCCUGUUGCAGUGUGCGUGUCAGCACAACACAUGCGGGAUAUCCUGCAGCCGCUGCUGUCCCGGAUUCAACCAGGAACCAUGGCAACCAGCGACGACCUCGGUGGUAAAUCGAUGUGAACCUUGUAACUGCCACGGACACUCCAUGGAUUGUUACUACGAUGCCGCAAUCAGCCAGAGGAGAGGGAGUAUGAACAUCCAUGGGCAGUAUAAAGGAGGUGGUGUUUGUCUGAACUGCCAGCACAACACGGCGGGGACCAACUGUGAGCGGUGCGCUCCGUUCCACUACCGACGGCCUGGGGUUCCCAACAACGCACCUGAUGGCUGUGUCGCCUGCAGGUGCCCUCGGGAGUUUGCGGGGAGCUGUGAGGAGGCGACGGGAGCCUGCCGAUGCCGACCCGGCUUCAGUGGCGUAGACUGUGGUCGAUGCGCGCCGGGAUACUACAACUUUCCCCGGUGCAGCCGUGGUCCAGUUUACACCACACCCCAUCCAGUGACUGUUGUCCCAACGCGUGGGCAUCUCCAGAAUUGUAAGUGCAACGCGCAGGGCACGGUUGGGAACACCUGCCUGGUGAAUCCUUACUCACAACGCUGUGACUGCAAGCCUCACUACACUGGACCCUACUGCUCCCGCUGCACCACUGGCUACUUCGGGAAACACUGCCAACAGUGCCAGUGUUACAUCGCAGGAGUGUCUCCGCCAGUGUGUGACCCAGACAACGGCCGGUGCUUGUGUCGACGAGGGGUGGAGGGCCGCUUCUGCGAAAGGUGCUCGACGGGAUUCUCUCGCUUCCCCGCCUGCGUGUCCUGCCCCUGUAGCAGUGCGGGGACCCUGCCGGAGCGGUGCGACAAUGCCGGGAGGUGCCUGUGUCGGCCGGAGGUUGGAGGCAGCCGGUGCGAUCGCUGUCGAGCGGGAUAUCACUCGUUCCCGCACUGCCCAGCCUGCUCCUGUGACAAUGUGGGAUCAGUGAACAACAAUUGCGAUGCCUCGGGGCGGUGCGAGUGCCGGCUGAACUUCAUGGGACAUUCGUGCAGCCAGUGUGCGUACGGGUAUCACCAUCAUCCCAACUGUUCAUCCUGCAGGUGUUCCACGGAAGGUUCGUAUGAUUCUGCGUGUGACCGGGCCACGGGCCGGUGUAAAUGCUUACCACACUUUGCCGGGCACCGCUGUGAUACCUGCGUCUCCAGAGCGAACGUCUUCCCUCGCUGUCAAGUGACCGACUGCCUCUCCCCUGGGACAGCGGGGCUUGCUCACUCUGCUUCUUGCUCCUGCCUUGCGAACUCCAAUAGGCCUGGAUGUGAGAGGUGUAGACCCCUGUACUGGAGGCCGGCUGAAGGGGAACUCGAUGGGUGCAUUGAAUGCGGCUGUGUUGUGAGAGGUACGGUCAGUGGGAUUGGACUGUGCGACCAGACCCGGGGCAGGUGUUACUGCAAAGCCAACGUGUGUGGGCAGGACUGUGGGCGGUGCGUGGAAGGGCACUACAACCUCCGGGAGAACAACUACUUUGGUUGCCAAGGCUGCGGCUGCGACGUUGGAGGGUCCGCUAACCUAACAUGCAGCACGAUGUCUGGGGAAUGCCAGUGUCGGGAGAAUAUCGAGGGACGUACCUGCAGCAAGCCGCGGAGCCAGCACUAUUUUCCAGACCUUCACCAUCUGAAGUAUGAGGUGGAAGAUGGCUCCACGCCCAAUGGAAGACCCGUCCGCUUUGGCUUUGACCCGCAGGAGUUUGUUAACUUCAGCUGGCGAGGUUACGCCCAGUUAUCGACGGUGCAGAGUAACGUGAGGGUAAUGGUGCAUGCGCCGAACCGCAACCUCAACACGUUCCGCCUCACCCUGCGAUAUAUUAACCCCGGGUUCACCACCGUCUCUGGUCGGCUGACAAUUUACCGAGUCCAGCAAGGUACAGUGUCUCCACAGACAAAGGAGAUCACCUUCGCUCGCGGUAGGGAACCAUCCUUCGUUACUGUCUCAAGGAACAACUAUGGUGAUCCCUUUGUGCUCUCACCUGGAACCUGGACGGUCAGCAUUGAGGCGGAGGGUGUUCUCUUGGAUUACCUGGUGCUGCUGCCCAGUGAAUAUUACGAGGCUCCAAUCCUUCAGUUUCAAGUCACUGAGCCCUGCAUGUACUACGCUGACCCACAGCAACAGGGCCAAAACUGCUUGUUGUAUAAAUACCUGCCCCUGGGCAACUUCCCGAGUGCUGGAGCCAGCGAUGGUCACUACACUGUGGACGGCAAACUCCAGCCUGUCGACCAGCUGCUGACAUCUGCCCGGGCAAACAUGGCCGUCCUCACAGGCAGACAGGUUCAGGUGCGGUUUGCCAUCCGCCUCCCCCAGCUGGACCAGUAUGUUCCUGUCAUCGAGUACGUCAACCAGGGUGAGCAAGUGCACUCCCUCAAGAUGGCUUUGCAGAGUGCACAGGGAACAGUCGCUGGUGGGAAGUUUAAUCUGUACGGCUGCAAAUACAGUUUCCCGUGUCGGAGCGUGGCGGUUGAUCAGCACGGCCGCAUCGCAACCUUUGAUCUGUCCUCAGAUGUGGAACUACAUCUGCAGGGAACGUCAAUCAGCUUCUUACUGCACCGGGUUUACUUGAUACCUGCCAAUGAAUACUGCAAUGAGCACGUGGAACCGAAGGUGCAUUGUGUGGCUCUUCACGGCCCCAUCACCAACCGGAGCUCCUGUGUUGCAUCCAAGUAUGAAACGCCCAUCUCCGCAGUGAGGGUGGAGGAUGGAGUCCUUUCAACAGCCAGCGAAACCCUUCAACACAACCCUGAUACUGAUCUGCAGAUCUCCCAGCACCCUCCAACCAUGGUGGAGCCUGGAGACAUCAUUUUACUGAAAGCACCACAGAAUCGGGUGACCUUUAACACCAGGGUGCCAGAUACAGGCAGAUAUGUGGUGCUUGUGCAUUUUUACCAGCCUUUGACCCCCUCAUUCCCAGUGGAGGUGACGGUGGAUGGAGCAGGCUCCUACAAAGGAUCCUUCAACGCUGCCUUCUGCCCACACGGGUUUGGAUGCCGCAGCCCGAUUACUUCAGGACAGAGAACAGAGUUGGACUUAAAGAGUCAGGAUGUGUCUCUGACCCUCACUGUUCCAAAAGACAAAGCACUUUGGGUGGAAUAUAUCUUAAUUGUUCCUUCAGAGAGUUACAGUCCUGACUUACAACAUGAGAAGCCUCUGGAUAAGUCAUUUGACUUCAUUACUGCCUGUGGAGGGAAGAGCUUUCACAUUGAUCCUGCUACCUCGCCCAAGUUCUGCCUGGACUCUGCCAAGUCGCUGGUGGCCUUCUAUAACGAGGGCGCGCUGCCCUGCGGGUGCAACAGCUACGGUGCCACCAGCCCUGACUGCAGCCCGAUCGGAGGGCAGUGUCCCUGCCGGCCGAACGUCAUCGGACGUCAGUGCGAUCGAUGUGCAACCGGACACUACCUGUUCCCCAGCUGCCGCCGUUGUAACUGCGGCCAGCGGCUGUGCGACGAGGGGACGGGCCGCUGCAUCUGCGCACCGCAGACGGUGAAGCCCAAGUGCGAGGCUUGCGAGAAGCAGACCUUCAGCUAUCAUCCUCUGGUCGGCUGUGAGCAGUGCAACUGCACGCGAGAGGGCAUCAUCAAACCCACCAACCUUGACUGCCACCGGAAGACUGGGCAGUGCCGAUGCAAGCCAGACGUCACCGGGCGGCAGUGCGAUAGAUGUUCGGUGGGAUUCUCCCGCUUCCCAGACUGUUUUCCAUGCGAUUGUAAUCCCGAUGCGACGCAGCUCAGCGUGUGUGACCCCGUGACCGGGCGCUGUCUCUGCAAGGAGAACGUGGUGGGUGCCCGGUGUGAUAAAUGUCGACCCGGCUCAUUUCACCUGGAGCCAGCCAACGCCAAGGGCUGCACCAGUUGUUUCUGCUUUGGAGUGACCAGUCAGUGUCGAAGCUCACAUAAAUCCAGGACCCAGCACAUGCAAAUGAGGAAGUGGGUUUUACGUACGGCGAAUAAACAAAAGAUUCCAGUUGUGUUUAACCGGCGGAGUGACACCGUGGUGGCUGAUGUCCAGGAACUGCCUGACAUUAUCCAUGACCUGCACUGGGCUGCUCCGGAAUCCUACCUGGGGGACAAGCUCUCAUCAUAUGGUGGCUUUCUCUCCUACCAAAUAAAAUCUUUUGGCUUGCCAAGUGAAGGGAUGACUUUGCUUGAAAAGAGAUCAGACGUUCAAUUGAGGGGAGAACAAAUGACCAUCAUGUACUUUGAUCCGAGGAGCCCGGCCCCGGAUCGAGUUUAUCAUGGAAAGGUUCAACUGUUGGAGGAUAACUUCAGGCAUGCGAUCAUCAAUACUCCGGUGUCCAGGGAGAAUUUCAUGCUGUUGUUGAGCAACGUGGAAGAUUUGCAGAUCAGAGCGUUGUACUUCUCCCAGACCCAGCGCCUGUCACUGGGCUCCGUUCAGCUGGACGAGGCCAAUGGUUCUGAAUCUGCAACCCCUGCCACCAACGUCGAAGUGUGUUCCUGUCCCACACACUACAUGGGAGACUCUUGCCAGAAAUGCAGCGAUGGAUAUUACAUAGAAAACCCGGGAUUUUACUUGGGGCGAUGUGUUCCUUGUCGCUGUCAUGGUCAUUCAAACCUGUGUGAAGCACGAACCGGAAAAUGCAUCAACUGUCAACAUAACACGGAGGGGGAUCACUGUGAACGGUGUCAGCCCGGUUUCUUUGGCAGUGCCACCCGGAGUGUCUGCAGAGCCUGUGCUUGUCCACACACAGGGCCCAGCAACAACUUUGCCACACGGUGUGAUGAGGUUAAUGGUGCCAUGAGGUGCUCCUGUAAACCAGGCUAUAACGGGACAAAAUGCGAGAGGUGUGCUGCAGGAUAUUUUGGGAACCCACUGGAGAUCGGGAAUCAAUGCCGGAGAUGUCAGUGCGGCAAUUCUGAGACGACCAGCUGUGAUCCCUUGACAGGACAAUGUAACAGCUGCCCAGACUGUAAUAAUGAGGAACACAAAGACACCAGCUCUGAUGGAAAGUGCGACAUCUGUGAUAGCUGUGUAGAAACAUUGCUGGUUGACCUGAGCAAGAUGGAUUCGGACAUCCAGAAAAUCAAACUGCAACUUCAGAAUGCAAACAUCAGUGCUAGUGCACGACUCCAAAUGGACAACUUGGACAAGGCCAUCAAACGGACCGAGUCGGAUCUGGAUGCGUACCGAUCCAUCGUCAACACACAGGUGAAACAGACUGACAAUUUGGAAAAUGACAACCUGAAUCUCAUUCAAGAUAUCAACGCUCUCGAAGAAAAGGCGGAAAAGAAUUCGCGGAGCACGCAGCAGCUACUAACGUCGGUGGACGUGACCACGCAACGGGCACGUGACCUGCUGACAAACGUAGAAAAUGUGGCAAUGAACAUCUCAGAUCUCCUCAAGAAGCUGAAGGAUAUUGGGUCCGGAGGCACUGUGCAGAACAUGACCGAGGUAGAACGAAUGCUCAACGAGAUGAGGGGCCUCAACUUCGACGAGGAGAGGAAGGUGGCAGAUCGGGAAAAGACUGAAUCUGAACUAUUGCUUGAUCGGAUUAAGAAUAUUCAAAAAAAUAUCAAUGAGAACAAGAUGCUUGCUACAGAUAUAAAGGAUGCAUUGAGCUCAUAUCUGGCCAAACUGAUGGAUCUUCAAGAAGCAAUGACUGACGCAGCAAAAUUAACCAAGAAGGCUGAAGACAUCAACAAAAUUAACUCCAUCGCACUGCAAGCCAUUAAGGAAAAACACAAUGAAUUGGAAGAUAAAAAACUGGAAACCUCAAACUUGAUUGGGAUGGCGGAUGACACUCUCGGCAAGCUCAGAGACAUGCUCCGUAUGCUGGAUGAUAGCCAGCAGGAUUACGAGAAGCAGGGUGCGGAGUUGGACGGAGCCUUGACUUUGCUCAACGAGAAGAUGAGGCGUCUCGCGGAGGCGGCCAGCAAGGAGCCUAUUGUAUCGCGUGCAGAAGAGCACGCCAACAAUCUGGAUCAGCUCUCCAAGCAGCUCCAGAGGGCCAUAGAAGAAGUGAACCAGGACUCCCUCCUACAGCGCGUUAUCAAUGCCUCCGAUGCCUAUGAGAACAUAAUCAACGCAGUCAAUGCAGCAGAAGCAGCAGCAAAGAGAGCAGAGGCAGCAGCAGAUGAUGCUUUGCAGACGGUGGUGAAGCAGGAUUUGCCCGGACAAGCAGCUGAUGUGAAUAGCAAAAGUGACAGAGUCCUUUCCUUGACAAAAGACGCUGAGAGGACAUUGAACACAGAAGUCAUCCCGACACUUGAAGAUGCGAAAAAACGACUCCUGGAUGGGACUGAGAAGAAAGAUCAAAUGUUGAAAAAUCUUACAAGUCUCAGGCAGAAACUGAACCAAAUAAACAGAGAUGACGUGGGCCAGACUUUAGACCAAGCGAAAGCCACGGCCAGCGGAGCAAAUGACAUUGCCACUCGCGUGAUGGACAAAUUGCAGCCCAUAAUCAACGAUGUCGGAAACAUGAACAGAACAACGCAAAAUUUUCCAAACAUCUCUGAGUUUAACACCGUGCUAAACGAAGCGGAAGAGUCAGUGAAAAAUUUGACCGACAGUCUGCCGGGGUUGGUCCAGAAAUUAAAGGAUUUGAGCCUUAUACAACCUGUCAACAAUAUCUCCAAAAAUAUCGACCGUAUCCGGGAACUUAUUGACCAGGCUAGAGAAGCUGCAAACAAGAUAAACGUGGCGAUGAAGUUUAAUGGUGACUCUGGGGUGGAGGUACGACUCCCCGAUAACCUGGACUCCCUGAAGGCUUACAAUUCCCUCCUCCUGUACCUGAAACGGCCAGAGGUUUCACGGGGUGACAACAGGAGACGAAAACGACAGCAAUCCAAAGACAUGUUCGUCUUGUACCUGGGGCACAGAGAUACCUCCAAGGAUUACCUGGGGAUGAUGCUGAUGAAUGAGAAGUUGGUGACUAUCUACAAACUGGGGGCUAAAGUUGAACGGAUCUCCUCAGACAGAGCGGUCAACACCAAAACCUUCGACCACAUCAAGUUCGAGAGGAUCAUGCAGUACGGUGCAUUGAACUACAGUCUGGUCAGCCCCUUGAGCGGCAAGCUCGAAGAUAGCCGUACCCACGUCAAAACAACCAGUGGAAACGAUCUGCUGCUCAAUCUAGACCCAAAAGAUGCUGUCUUCUACGUGGGAGGAUUCCCACAAACCUUUACGCCUCCUGCAGAAUUAGAUCAUCCCAAAUAUGAAGGUUGUAUUGAACUUGGCAUUCUGAAUGAGAAACUAAUCAGCCUGUACAACUUUGAGGAAACCUUCAACAUCAACACUAUAGAGGAUAGACCCUGUGAAAGAUAUAAGCCAACCAAGGAACCAGGAAGUGACGCUUUCUAUUUUGAUGGCACUGGAUACGCAUUAAUAAACCUGACCAAUAUUGGGCAAAGAUUAAAAAUUGAACAAACCAUUCAAACCUCCACUAAAGAUGCGGUCCUGCUAUACUUCGAGAAAUUGGAUUCAAGCUGUGCUCUGACCCUCGAGGGGGGAAGGUUGGUGUUCAGGUACGACCUCAAGUCAAAUGGAAGCCCGCCCAUCAUCUCAGAUAAAGAACUGGACAUCACCAAAGAGAAUGUGAUCAAGCUGCAGAUGGUGAAUUCGGGAACCCAAAAGAGGGUUGUUGUGAGAGUUGGGAAUGAACUGGUGAAUUCUAUCGACAGCGUAAUCAAUUUGAAAGAAAUCCGUUUCUCCAAUUAUUACCUGGGAGGAAUCCCAUUACACAUUAAAGAAAGCUUAAACAUGCCGGUCAAAUCAUCACUGCGCGCCUGUGUGAAAAACCCAAAGGCAGACCAAAACAAGGAUCUAUCCAGGGAGUACACAGUCGGCGUCAGUAAAGGGUGCUCACAGGAUCUCUUGUUGGUCCGAACUGCUCACUUCGCUGGCAAAGGAGUUCUGGGCCUGAGUGCCACCAACUUCACAUUCCCAGAUAACUUCCACGUUGGCUUUGGUUUCUCCACCAGCCAGCUCGACGCCCUGCUCUUCUCCUAUGAAAAGGGCAGCUUUGAAAUCUCUCUGAAAAAUGGCAAGGUGAAGGUCGACAUUCUGGGCAAGACCCUCACAUCCAGAAGCUCUUUCAAUGAUGGAGCUGGUCACUAUGUCUCUGUUCAGAGGACGAAUGACAGGGUCUAUUUGAACGUGGACGAUCUAGACCGGAGUGAAAUAUCGGUGGGAUUAUCUCAGCCUCCCAGGAAGGACACUGUAUACUUGGGUGGCGACAAAAUCACCCAGAACUUUGAUGGCUGCAUCAACAAUGUGUUCCUGAAUAGGGAAAAUCAAGAUCCCAAAGUGGAAAAUUUUGUGUCUUCAACUGAGCUGUCAAACGUAAACCUGAACACCUGUCGCCAGCCGAGAGCUCCAGAAAUGCUCAUGUUGAAGGAAGUCAAGAAACCAAACAGCCAGGGAACUGUGAAGGCCAACAAGGAUGGAAAGAAUCAGAUAGUUCUUCCUGAUCAUUCAAUGAAAGAAAAUACAGGCCAGGAACUCAAUCGAUGUCAGAUGUCAUGGCAACUGAAGGCAGUCAGCGGGGCCUACCAAUUUGGAAACUCACCAGACAGUCGAUUGGAGUAUGAUAACCUUCCCAAAUCAUUUAAAGAAAGAUCAAAAUUCUCCAUCGAUGUGCGGACGAACUCAGCGGAGGGAAUCAUCUUCUAUGUGUCGGACAAGUCUCAGAAGUCCUACAUGACCCUCUAUAUUUCCAAGGGGCGUUUCUUCUUUGCUUUCGCUGUCAACGGGAAACGACUGAAGAUCAGGAGCAGAGCGAGACACAACGACGGCCAUUGGCACACGGUGGUGUUCAGCAGAGAGAGUAACAACGGAAAGCUGGUUAUUGAUGGACUUCGGACACGGCAGGGCAGUGUGAGCAGCGGCCCUCUCUUGAAAGUGGAGUCACCAUUCUAUCUGGGUGGAUUACCAUCUGGUAAAGGACAGCGCAGUCACAAGCGUUUACCAAGGUUGAGCUUCCACGGGUGUGUAAGGAACUUCAAACUGGACGGUAAUCUGUUACCUUCUCCCUCGCGAACAUUUGGAGUCACACCGUGCUUCGUCGGCAACGCUGAACAAGGAGCAUACUUUGCAGCAGAGGGAGCUUAUCUCGUUUUAGAAGACUCAUUCGUGGUGGGCAAAGACUUUGAGCUCCUGUUUGAGGUGCGGCCUCAAACCCACACUGGUGUCCUCUUCCAUGUAAACAGCCCUCAAGGAAACUACCUCAGUCUAUACAUGUACAAAGGAAAGGUUACAGUCCAUGUAAACAACGGGGCUGGAGAUUUCAACACAUCCGUCACACCUCCCUCAUUGUGCGAUGGACAAUGGCACAGAAUCGCAGUGAUCAAGAGAAACAACGUGGUGCAGCUGGACGUGGACGCUGAACGUGACCACGUUGUUGGUCCCUUGGCCUCAUUCUCCACCGACACGGCGGACCCUCUCUACGUCGGAGGCUUGCCAGGAGGCGUGCAGGCAUCUCACUUCCCGACCCGCGCAUCUUUCAUCGGCUGCAUGGUCAACGUAAUGGUCAACGUAAAGCCAAUGCCCCUCAGGAAAGCCACGGAGGUCCAUGGUGCGGUCAGCGUGACCCAGUGCCCCGCCAUGUGAAGCACCACCACCCACGCAUCUCCAAAGAUAACUCUGCCUUCUUGCACUUGGUGCCCAAUAGAUGACUGACCUCUGCCGCCAGGCAGAACUAUUAAUUUAUUGUAACUACAGGUUUGCAUUUUUUCCCUAGUUGUAGUCCAGUGAAUUUGAUGCAUUUAUGUUUGGCUUAAAGUAUCUGCAGUCCUUAACUAUUAAACGAGAAAUGACGUACUAACGUUGUGAAAGGCGAUUCACGUAUUUUACAUUCUAACUGGUGCUGUACUCUGGGGGCCAAAUAUAUUAUUAAAAUUUGCUGCUAAUUUUAUAUUUUUAUACUUGAAUGAUUAAUAUGCAAAAAGAUAUUUCUAAAAUAAACUUGAUUCAGUCA